CGAAUCAGUGUACUUCUCGUUGCUUUUUUUAAUCAUAAGACAGCUUGUGCGGCAUCGACAGACGAUUGUUCGUAGAGAGACUAUCAAAGAAAAGUACAUUUUCGGUCUUAGUCUGUCUUCUAGGACAGCUACUCAAUGGUUUAUUAUUAAACAUUUUGUGGAUCAAACAACGUAGUUGGCUACAUUUCAACUGGGUGACAAUGCUAGAAUGUUUUGUAGCUAAAUGUUGUCUGUUUUGACGAACGUUUUGCUGUAAACUAGAACGUCAAGAUUUAUUUUCCUAAAAGACCCAAUUUCGUCGAUUGAAGAUCAUCAGGACAGGGCUACAGCCGAGCAAGGAGGACAAGAUAUCACCCUCAGCAUUUUGUUUCCAGUUGAUCUACAGCGACAUACAACAAUGUUAACCCAGGUAUGUAUGGUUUAUUACAUUCUUAUUAGCCUACAUUCGUGGUACAUUCUUUCCAAAGUGGUAAGAACAAACAAGGUUCCGUGCAGGCUACUAGCCGCUUGUUGUUGUGUGUGGUGUGUCCAGGGCGCGUGUCUUGGACUUGGACACGACAAUGUUCUUUCCGGGUAGCCUAAUGAAUCAAACCCCUCAAAUGAUGGUCAAUGAAAAAAAGCAUCGACAACGAUGGAUGCUCUUUUAUUUGCACUUCGUGUGAAACGUGUCCUCUAGUUUGUGUGUCCAGAAAAUGUUGACACAACUUAUUUUUUUCCUGCGCAGCAUCGAGUGUGUGUAGCCUAGGCUAGACAGAAGCCAUGUCAGGAGGAAUUCUAUUGUGUCGCUGAAAUAUUUGGCACUCCGCUCAUUGAUUUGCAAUCGCAACUUUAUGUUAAUGACAAAUUAGAUCCGUGAGUAGACUAGACUAGGAUGCCAUCUGAUCAAGCUCUCGAAUUUAGAGAAACUAUUUGAAGAAGCGAAGGCUACAUUUUAUUAACCUACCUCAACAGUCUAACCCACUGUCAUUUUUCUCUGAUGACCGCCCAGCAAUCAGGUUACGAUGAAGUGACAUCUUCGUCGCCAUUUUUAGAUAAAAUUACUUUUAAGGACCGGAGAGUAUCAUUUUAGUGAUUUUGGGCACGGUGUUUGUCUCGUUAUGCGUUGAUCAGUUCCUGUGCAGACGACCCCUGUGUAGAGACAGACAUGAAGUAGAUUUUUUCCUGAUUGUCAAAUCUCGGAUGGGAUGAUAAUGACAAUAAGACUAGCCAGCUUAUACACGAAAAGUUGUGUAUUGUUGAAAUGACGACCAGGCUACAUUUGGCGCUCCGAGAAGCCAUCGAGACCGGCUUCGUUGUCAGUGUUUCUGUCAUACAUGCACCUACAGUCUUUCAGCCCUCGUUUCCUCCCAUCCCCCAUUAGCCCUUCCGCUCCGGCUUUACACACUCCGAAACAAUGUUGCCAUUAAGUGAUACAUAAUGUCCAAUCGAGUUACAAGUUGCAACAGUGUUGCAAUAGCCUCUGUAUAUCAACACAUGUCUGCAAUAUUCACGAGUCGUUCUUGGGCUAUAGGAUACGUUUUCAUGCGUUGUAGGCUAUUUGGGUACACGUUUUUGAAGGGCUGUUCAUUUUGUGUAAUGCCUUUCUUAGCCUAAAGUUGUGGGUUCUUUCAAAGCACAACUCUAUAUUUCUUGCAUACUCAUAUUAUUGUUAUUAUUAUUCCACCCGCUCUAUUGCUUAAAAUGAUUAAGCUAUUAACACUCAGCGCGCCGGAAAUCUAUAACUACUAGAAUGGCCAUGACGGUCAGUUGUUAUUUCAACUGUGUAAAUAUUCCAUAAUCAGUGGCGACACGUCAUUCAGGGGAGGGGGGGCAGAGCCUGUUUUUGCCUGUUUUGCAUGUUCUUUUGCCAUUAAUACGUGUCACAUAUCAGUUUGCAAACAAUGUAAAAAAAAAAUAUAUAUAUAUAUAUAUAAUAUUGAGUUAAUAAAGCACAUACAAACAUGGUCUCUUUUUUGCUUUCUUGAAUAAGGCAGCUCCAAAAUGCAGGUGUUUCAGCCUAGCUCAGUGCUUUCUGUGGUGGUGGGGCAGCCAGCGGAAAAUACAGAGCAUAGGGGUUGGUAAUGUUCUCUAUUUGCGCCGUGAUUGGCUCAGUGUUCUGUCACUCAUGGGUACACUACACCACUGCAAAUUCUACAGGGAGAGCUCGAAAAUUCAAGCCCCUUGGGUCCUGCCAUAGAGUUACAUUAGAAGUGCCCAUCCAAGAAGGCUCAAGGUCAUUGGCCACAGAUAAAAAUGUCAAAUCACGUUUUAUCUACCCUAGCUUUGAUUGGACUGAUCAUGUCAACAUCAUACUUUCAAAAUCUUAGCUAGACAAGCAGUCAUCAUCAUGAAUCAAGUCGACAAUCUACUGGCAAGUCCUUUUCAAUCCUUGUCAUAUGAAGAGAAAUUAUAGAUAAAAGGUAUCGGUGCUCAUCGGCCAUUGGACAUAAACAUUACACAAGUCGGAAAUCGCAAAUUCAACAAUGAGUGGUUUGGAAGGAAGCAGUGGCUAACUGCAAGCAUCUCUGUAGCUCAAUUGGUAGAGCAUGGCGCUUGUAAUGCCAGGGUUGUGGGUUCGAUCCCCGGGACCACCCAUACGUAAAAAUGUAUGCACACAUGACUGUAAGUCGCUUUGGAUAAAAGCGUCUGCUAAAUGGCAUAUUAUUAUUAUUAUUAUUAUAUCUCAAAGCAAUCACUAUUUUGCUUCCCAUGCCUGCUAUUCAAUGGAGAGGGUGUGUGGUCCAAGUCUGGGUUUAAGGAUUUAAAACAUAAUAAUAUAAUAUAAAACCUAAUAUUAGAUAAAGGGAACAUACGUGAACAAUUAACACAACAAUUACAUAUUUAUUUCAUAAACAAAGUUAUGCAACACCCAAUUCCCCAGUGUGAAAAAGUAAUUGCCGCCUUACACUCAAUAACUGGUUGUGCCACCAUUAGCUGCAAUGACUCCAACCAAAUGCUUCCUGUAGUUGUUGAUCAGUCUCUCACGUCGCUGUGGAGGAAAUUUGGGCCACUCUUCCAUGCAGAACUGCUUUAACUCAGUGACGUGUGGGUUUUCAAGCAUGAACUGCUCGUUUCAAGUCCUGCCACAUCUCAAUUGGGAUUAGGUCUGGACUUUGACUAGGCCAUUCCAAAACUUCCAAUUUGUUGCUUUUUAACAAUUUUCAUGUAGACUUGAUUGUGUGUUUUGGAUCAUUGUCUUGCUGCAUGACCCAGCUGCGCUUCAGCUUCAGCUCACAGAUGGAUGGUCUGACAUUCUCCUGUAGAAUUCUCUGAUACAGAGCAGAAUUCAUGGUUCCUUCUAUUAAGGCAAGUCGUCCAGGUCCUGAGGCAGCAAAGCAUCCCCAAACCAUCACACCACCACCACCAUGCUUGACCUUUGGUAUGAUGUUCUUACUGUGGAAUGCAGUGUUUGGUUUUCGCCAGGCAUAAUGGGACCCAUCUUGUCCAAAAAGUUGACUCAAGUUUGCCAAAAAGCACCUGGAUGAUCAUCAAGACUCUUGGAAGAAUGUUUUAUGGACAGAUGAUUCAAAAGUAUAACUUUUUGGACGACAUGGUUCCAGUAAUGCCUGGCGAAAACCAAACUCUGCAUUCCACAGUAAGAACAUCAUACCAAAGGUCAAGUGUGGUGGUGUGAUGGUUUGGGGAUGCUUUGCUGCCUCAGGACCUGGACGACUUGCCUUAAUAGAAGGAACCAUGAAUUCUGCUCUGUAUCAGAUAAUUCUACAGGAGAAUGUCAGACCAUCUGUCUGUGAACUGAAUCUAACACUUCAGCAACUUUGUGCAGGGAGAGUGAGAGUGCUUAAAGUGUUUUUUGCAGACCUAUCCUCGUUUUCCACCUUUUUCACGGGCUCAUCCAAAAGACUCUCCGCUCUUGCGGAAUCAACGAACAGACGGGUCCCCAGGCCACCGGGUACACAAUGGAACUUCAAAAGCAGAACUGUCAAUGCAGUGUGGGAGGACCAUGAGGCACUGGCCCAAUGCAUGGAGGACAUCCACACGCAGCCUGGAUGGGAUGAGAUCACCAUCAGCAAGGCUUAUGGCCUGUCCAUGAAACUCAACGAUCCCACAUUUCUGCAACUGCUCAAGUUAUUUUCCUUGGUAAUGCAGCGGUGGAUGUUUUGUACAACACAAUGCAGAAACAAACCAUUGGUGCAGCAGGAAUCGUCGGAGCAAUCAACAACUUCAAGGCGAACGUUCAAAACAUUCGCGAGCAAACUAAUGCACUGACCAAAGGACAUGUUGAUGCCACUGAACCAAGGCAGAGAAACCUUAACACUGCACCCAUGAUGAAUGAGGCAUGCGAAACAAUCGCUGCUCAUGUGCAAGAAAGGUUUUCUGAAAGUGACCAGUUAAUUGCAGCAAAGUUGGACAGCUCAUUUCCCCCCCAGUAUGGACAUUCCUUUCCGACCGCAGAACUCCAGUGUGCUACCAAGCAAUGGCCUGUGGGCAACCAGGAGAAGUUGAAAAACUGAGAUGUCCCCUCUCUACCGGCAUUCCUGAACUGCACACUGGAAAGAGAGCACUUUCUUUAUUGAAAUCACUCUACGAGAACAACCUGCAGGAGGCCUUGUCUGAGACGGUCUCUCUUCUCAAAAUCAUCAUCACCACUCCGAUGACAACCGCAGAGUCAGAAAGAAAAGGUUCCACCCUUAAAAGGAUAAAAACCUUCACACGUAACUCCAUGGGCCAGAAAAGGUUAAAUGCAUUGGCCAUGCUGUCAAUCCAGUAUGACUUCAUCCAGAGAGUGCCAGACUUUGAUGAUAAAGUAAUUGAGAAGUUUUCCCACAAGAAGGACCGCCGUGCCAACUUCCUGUUCAAGUGAGCACAGCACAACAAUAUGUCUAGUAUGCUGCUGCAUAAGUGAUGUAAUAUGCCAGGGAGAUGUGUAUACUGUAGCUAAGAAAGUAAUACUAAGUGUAUGUUGUGUAGUAAGCAGUUAGUAGCCUAUGUGUCUCACUCACCCUAAGAAUGUGGUCCCUUUCCCCCUUAGAACUUAGCCUACUGUUCUGACUUGGUGGUGCACAUGCAGCCUAUAGCCUGUUUUAGAGAAAUGUCAUCAUCAAAUAUUGUAAGAGCUUUCAUUGUCUGCUUAUGUGCCCCCAUUAUUGAUCCUACGGUUCUGACUUGGUGUACAGGGAGAACACUGUAAGAACGGCCCAUGUUCUGAAUUAUGUCGCUGUCCAUUUCAAAAUUGCUGAACGAAUAGGCAGCAUAUAGGCUACAUCCGUCUCAGCUCGCUCAUGUCUUAAUCGAAAUUACGGCUUGCCUCUUAACCGCUUAUCGUCAUAUAUGCCAUAGUUUGGACAUCUGCAUUGUUAUAUUGCUUAUAUAGGUCUCUCAUUAGUAUCUUAUUAAUAAUUUUAGGCAAUGUUAGAAUUAUGCAUUUAAUUGUUUUUCUUACUUUGUGUGUUAUAAUUAGCUCUGGUGCUUUUCUCCACGAGGAGGGUGGUAAGUUACAGACCCAACAACAUUAAAUUAUAGUAUCCCCUCCUCGUAACCAUGUUUGCCAGUGACAGUCUCUUCCCAUUCAAAUAUUUUUGUUCAACAAAAAGUUCAGUAAUAGACCGAUGUAAUUCCAGUUCAUAUUGUGAGGGUUAUUUUGUUUGCACAAUGCGUAGUCAGUGCGUCUGUAUAUUGUCUAUACAAGUGGAUCCUCGUGAUUUGUAUUGUCCUUCCUUUUUAGACCACAUAGGCCUAAUAAAAUAUGUCAAAUGGUAGGCUAACCGCUGAGUCUGGGUCUCUCUUUCUCUCUCUGUGGUGACUUAAAGAAGAGUAAUGUUAAGGCCUCAACAUCUUGCUGAAUUUCUGUCGCUGCCCUUUUCGAAAUUGCAGAACGAAUACGCCUACCUCAUCGCAGCUCGUUUGCUUGCACUUGCUUAUACUUAGAGCUAAGUGUUAAUUAUAUAAGAACAAACAUUAUGAAUUUACUGAACAUAAAUCUAAUGAUGUUUGUGUAUGGUUCAAAAGUCAAAACUCAUGUGGACAUUCAUUAUUAUUGAAGGACAAUGCGGUUCUUAUCCAGUUACACAAAUCCACAACGAGUCAGUAGAAACCACAUUUAUUUAAGCAAGUCAGCCAUAAGCUUCACUCUCGGGACAGCUUUAUGAAGACCCUAAAGGUUUGUGGGCACCGUUUGUCACCAUUAUAGUGCAUUUCAUGUAUUGUUUAGAGUUGUGUAGUGACUUCGCUGGCAUGCAUCUAAAGAAAUUGGUUGUUUGCCCCACCAAGAUUGACAUGCUAAAAUCGCCACUGUCCAUAAUAAAUAAUAAAUUGCUAAAUGAAUGCUUUUAUUGUGUUAAAAUAGGUCAUAAGAAACCUCAGGACACCAAAUGUACAUUGUAAUCAGUCAGAAAAUGUAUUGAUUGAUCCAGAAGUGCAUAGACUUGAGUGUAUUUUCUGACUUUAAGACAACAGUUGCCUGCCCAUCUAGCCCGUCCAAACUACACCGAAACUAUAUUGAAACUAAUUUCACACAUAUUAUAAUAAUAACAGAUGUGGCCUAAAGAAAAUAUUAAAUUGACAAUAGUCUGAUGGGUUACAAUAUUAUCAAUUGAGAAUGAAGAGACUGAUGACCAGUGCACCAGCACAUUGUGCAUUGACAAACGCACCAGUGCAUUGGAAAAGAAGGGACCAGAGCUUACCAAAUAGCACCUUCCCUAUCAGUCUACAGAGGUCCAUGCAGGCCAGACGUUUUGAUUGCUAUACACUAUCGGAAAGAGCAGAUUCCAAGGUUUCUAAUUAAACUAUUUUUGCCAAACAACUCUACAAAUUGUGCACACUGUCUCUGUUUCAAAGUAUUACUUUUUCCUAGAACAACCGAGGCUCCAUACACAUGCGUUCCUCAUGUGAGUACUGGCGACAAUCAGCAAUAACCAUUUGGGAAAACUAUCAUUUCUAUUUUCUAAUGUAUAUUCCAUUACAUUUUUACUGUAAAAUAUAUGUUUUGACUGUGUUAGGGCAGGGGAAUAUACAGUGGGGAAAAAAAGUAUUUAGUCAGCCACCAAUUGUGCAAGUUCUCCCACUUAAAAAGAUGAGAGAGGCCUGUAAUUUUCAUCAUAGGUACACGUCAACUAUGACAGACAAUCCAGAAAAUCACAUUGUAGGAUUUUUUAUGAAUUUAUUUGCAAAUUAUGGUGGAAAAUAAGUAUUUGGUCAAUAACAAAAGUUUCUCAAUACUUUGUUAUAUACCCUUUGUUGGCAAUGACACAGGUCAAACGUUUUCUGUAAGUCUUCACAAGGUUUUCACACACUGUUGCUGGUAUUUUGGCCCAUUCCUCCAUGCAGAUCUCCUCUAGAGCAGUGAUGUUUUGGGGCUGUCGCUGGGCAACACGGACUUUCAACUCCCUCCAAAGAUUUUCUAUGGGGUUGAGAUCUGGAGACUGGCUAGGCCACUCCAGGACCUUGAAAUGCUUCUUACGAAGCCAGGCGGUGUGUUUGGGAUCAUUGUCAUGCUGAAAGACCCAGCCACGUUUCAUCUUCAAUGCCCUUGCUGAUGGAAGGAGGUUUUCACUCAAAAUCUCACGAUACAUGGCCCCAUUCAUUCUUUCCUUUACAUGGAUCAGUCGUCCUGGUCCCUUUGCAGAAAAACAGCCCCAAAGCAUGAUGUUUCCACCCCCAUGCUUCACAGUAGGUAUGGUGUUCUUUGGAUGCAACUCAGCAUUCUUUGUCCUCCAAACACGACGACUUGAGUUUUUACCAAAAAGUUCUAUUUUGGUUUAAUCUGACCAUAUGACAUUCUCCCAAUCCUCUUCUGGAUCAUUCAAAUGCACUCUAGCAAACUUCAGACGGGCCUGGGCAUGUACUGGCUUAAGCAGGGGGACACGUCUGGCACUGCAGGAUUUGAGUCCCUGGCGGCGUAGUGUGUUACUGAUGGUAGGCUUUGUUACUUUGGUCCCAGCUCUCUGCAGGUCAUUCACUAGGUCCCCCCGUGGGGUUCUGGGAUUUUUGCUCACCGUUCUUGUGAUCAUUUUGAACCCACGGGGUGAGAUCUUGCGUGGAGCCCCAGAUCGAGGGAGAUUAUCAGUGGUCUUGUAUGUCUUCCAUUUCCUAAUAAUUGCUCCCACAGUUGAUUUCUUCAAACCAAGCUGCUUACCUAUUGCAGAUUCAGUAUUCCCAGCCUGAUGCAGGUCUACAAUUUUGUUUCUGGUGUCCUUUGACAGCUCUUUGGUCUUGGCCAUAGUGGAGUUUGGAGUGUGACUGUUUGAGGUUGUGGACAGGUGUCUUUUAUACUGAUAACAAGUUCAAACAGGUGCCAUUAAUACAGGUAACGAGUGGAGGACAGAGGAGCCUCUUAAAGAAGAAGUUACAGGUCUGUGAGAGCCAGAAAUCUUGCUUGUUUGUAGGUGACCAAAUACUUAUUUUCCACCAUAAUUUGCAAAUAAAUUCAUUAAAAAUCCUACAAUGUGAUUUUCUGGAUAUUUUUUUCUCAAUUUGUCUGUCAUAGUUGACGUGUACCUAUGAUGAAAAUUACAGGCCUCUCUCAUCUUUUUAAGUGGGAGAACUUGCACAAUUGGUGGCUGACUAAAUACUUUUUUUCCCCACUGUAAGUCUGCUAAAUGAACAAUUUGAUUUCGUAGCCUUUGCUAUAAAACACAGAUUAAUACAACUCAAAACAUGCUAUUCUCUUCUGUUCUUUUGAAAUAAAUUGUCUUUUAUCAUGUUUUUUUUAAUGUACUUCCUAAACAGAAUAUUAAUGGCUUUUUAUAAUAUUUAUACUUUUUCACCUAUAACCAUUUAACGUUUGCAUAAAUUAACAUUGGUUUGAAUGAGAACCAUAGGACUACAGAGGUAGCUAUUCAAAAUGGUCCUGCUCCUUUGCCAAUUAAGCUAUAAGACCAAAUUAAAAAUGUUCAGGCUAUCCUAAUUCUUUAAAAUCCUUAUCAACUAUAACUAUAAAUGUGCAUAAAUUAGCAUAAAAUUACUCACCAACAGUAACUCUUGAAACGUUCAAGCUAGAUACGCCAAACCAAAUUUCUCAUGUUCAGGCUAUCCUAAUUUUAAAUUCUUUAAAAUCUUUUUCAUUUAUAACUAUUCACUUUUGCAUAAAUUAGCAUAACCUAUCCCACCAACAGUAACUAUUUAACCGAUCAAGCUAGAGACACCAAACCAACUUUCACAUGUUCAGGCUAUCAUAUCUUAUCCUAUCAAUCAUUCAAGCAGUCUUUCCAUCUACCUACAUUUUCAACUAUAACCAGUCACUACCACUACUAUAACCAUAAAUACUUUAAAACAAGCUAGCAAGCACACCACAUUUUCUUCAGGAAAUGUAUUUUUCUAGUUUAGCUUGAGCUUGAUCACUUCUAGGAUAUAUAUAGCUGUUUUUGCAGCAUAGGUAUCUCUCUUGGCCACACUGAGUCAGUCCCACCAUCGAUCCAGGUUAAUAAUGUUUACAUUUCAAAAGGCGUGGGCCCUGACAUUCUAAAGCAGUAGUCGGUAAUCGUUGUAUCUUUACCGUGACGCCUGCUUUCACACACUGGGAUUGUCUGUUACAUAACUGGCUCGAUGUUGUCGACUGAAUGAAGUCUAGGCUAGCCUACAACCGAUUGGUUGGUCGGUGUGACAGCGCCUCCCACGCUUGGUUCACGGCAGUUUACUAUUGCACUUAGGUGCGUUUGUUUCAGUUCGCCGGGUGCACCGAGUAGGCGGAGUUUGCUUUCAAGGCCAAUAGAAUGGUCUCAAAUGCACACACUCUGCCUACCCAGCGUUACGGGCCAGCUGCAUAGAUGGGAGGGACUCAGCAUAUGUUAUAAUGUGGUUAUUAAUGGUCUAUAAUAACAAGGUGUUCAUUUGUUUCCGCAGAGAAAGAGAAAACGCACUGUGGAAGACUUCAACCAGUUUUGCACCUUUGUGUUGGCCUAUGCUGGAUACAUCCCUUAUCAAACAGAGGUAGGUUGAUAAAACACUGUUUUUUCCUGUUCAAGUAAGACUGAGAUGUAGCUUAUUAACACCAAAUUGCUCUUGUAAUUAAUUGAUGUCUUAUUGUUUCUACACUGAAAAAAUAUAUAAACGCAACAUGUAAAGUGUUGGUCCCAUGUUUCAUGAGCUGAAAUAAAAAUCCCAGAAAUGUUCCAUACGCACAAAAAGCUAAUUUCUCUCAAAUUCUGUGCACAAAUUUGUUUAAAUCCCUGUUAGUGAUAAUUUCUCCUUUGCCAAGAUAAUCCAUCCACCUGACAGGUGUGGCAUAUCAAGAAUCUGAUUAAACAGCAUGAUCAUUACACAGGUGCACCUUGUGCUGGGGACAAUAAAAGGCCACUCUAAAGUGAGCAGUUUUGUCACACAACACAAUGCCACACAUGUUUUGAGGGAGCGUAAAAUUGGCAUGCUGACUGCAGGAAUGUCCACCAGAGCUGUUGCCAGAGAAUUCAAAGUUCAUUUCUAUACGUCGUUUUAGAGAAUUUGGCAGUGCGUCCAACCGGCCUCACAACCGCAGACCAUGUGUAUGGCGUCAUGUUUGCGAGCAGUUUGCUGAUGUGAACAUUGUGAACAGAGUGCCCCAUGGUGCCGGUGGGUUAUGGUAUGGGUAGGCAUAAGCUACGACGAACAUAAUUGCAUUUGAUCGAUGGCAAUUUGAAUGCACAGGGAUUCCGGAUUCCAUGAAGAGAUCCUGAUGCCCAUGGUUGUGCCACUCAUCCGCUGCCAUCACCUCAUGUUUCAGCAUGAUAAUGCACGGCCCCAUGUCGCAAGGAUCUGUACACAGUUCCUGGAAACUGAAAAUGUCCCAGUUCUUCUAUGGCCUGCAUACUCACCCAUUGAUCACGUUUGGGAUGCUCUGGGUCAACGUGUACAACAGUGUGUUCCCGCCAAUAUCCAGCAACUUCGCACAGCCAUUGAAGAGGAGUGGGACAACAUUCCACGGGCCACAAUCAACAGCCUGAUCAACUCUAUGCGAAGGAGAUGUGUUGCGCUGCAUGAGGCAAAUGGUGGUCACACCAGAUACUGACUGGUUUUCUUAUCCACGCCCCUACCUUUUUUGUAAGGUAUCUGUGACCAACAGAUGCAUGUCUGUAUGCCCAGUCAUGUGAAAUCCAUAGAUGAGGGCCUAAUCAAUUUAUUUCAAUUGACUGAUUUCCUUAUAUGAACUGUAACUCAGUAAAAUCUUUGAAAUUGUUGCAUGUUGCGUUUUAUAUUUUUGAUCAGUAUAUUUCUGUUGAAUAAGGUCUCCAGUUCUGCUGUUGUGUUUACAUGGUGAUGUAUCCCCUUGUAGGAGUGGUGGUGUAGUGAAAGCAAGCCCAGUGACAGCAACCCCUGCAGCACCAGCCACAGUACCAGUCCAUGGAGCUACCAGUCCUCUCCUAACUCAGCCUGUGGCUCCUCCGCUCAGAGCCAGAAGGAGAAAGGGAAGGAGGUGAAGAGGAGGAGGUCAGACAAGAAACCAGCCGGGCCUGGCCAGGGGGAGAAGAAGCCUAGAGGAGGAAGUGCCAAAAAGUCUCCCAAUACGAAACAGACUGCCCCUAGAUCAACAGUCAGCAGAACGCCAGAGCUCCAUGAGCAGCACCAGCCCCAGUCUGGACGGACCAACCACAACAGCUGUCCGACUGACAACAAAACACAUACUCUGACAGUUCCCAAACGUGACCAUGACUGUAAACUUCCCCAAUCUUCCCUGACUCAACUCUUCCCUGAUGCCACCCCCAGCAGCUCUCUGUCUGUCCACAGGCACAAGACCAACACCGGUCAGACAGACACACCAGACCCCAACGGGUCAGCUGGGAAGACGAGUGACGCUACAACCCUUCAGAAGACAGGAAGUGACGAACUUGAACAGGAAGUGACAGAGCAGCCUGUUGACAUGACAACAACAAGCUAUGAGACGGAGAGGAGCAGUCCUCACAGGCCAGGAGACAGAGAAAAGAAGAGAAGAAAGGAAGAGGAGAAUGGGGCGAGGGAUAGCUGGGAGGGGUCUGGGAGUGAAGGAGGGAUAGACAGGGGUCAGAGGUCAGAUAUCCUGAGGAUGGUGAUGGACAGGAGGUUGAGAGAUCAGCUAGCUGAAGACCAGGAGACAGGCUACCACACAGAGGAGGGCAGCAGCCCCGACCAGGACCAGGACCAUGGAGGGAGCCACUACCAGACAGACCAGGGAGGGAGCGAUGGAGAGGACACAUCUGCAGACAACAGCAAGAUGGAGGGUGAGUAAAGAGGAACCCCACCUGAGACUUAAGAUGCAUCCCAAAUGGCACGCUCUCCUCUGUAGCACUAAUUUUGACCAGGGCCCAUAUUCCCUAUAUAGUGAACUACUUUUGACCAGGACCCUAGUAGGGCUCUAGUCAAAAGUAAUAGGGAACAGCGAGCCGUUUUGGUCGCAGCUCACUCAUUACCUCAUCACUAUCUACAACCAUCAUUGCUAGUUUAAAACAGAGGCUGUGUUUAAUAUAACAUCUCUCUUCUAUUUUUCUCUUCUCAGAUGAGGACGACUCAUGGGACCUGAUCACCUGUUUCUGCCUGAAGCCGUUCGCGGGUCGGCCCAUGAUAGAGUGUAGUGAGUGUGGCACCUGGGUGCACCUGUCCUGCGCUAAGAUCCGCCGCACCCACGUUCCUGAAGUCUUCACCUGCCAGCCCUGCCGAGAUGCCAAGACCAACAUCAGACGCUCCAACCGGGCGCGGAUCGCCCCCCGCAAACGCUUCAGCGACUAGAGAGCACCAGCUGGUUCAUUGGCUGCGUCCCAACUGGCGGCAGGUAGCCUAGCGGCUAAGAGCAUUGGGCCAGUAACCAAAAGGUCACUGGUUCAAAUCCCCAAGGUGGAAAAAUCCCCAACAACAACUGCUCCCCGGGCACUGAUGAUGUUGAUUAAGGCAGCCGCCCGCACCUCUCUGAUUCAGAGGGGUUGGGUUAAAUGCAGAAGACACAUUUCGGUUGAAUGCAUUCAGUGUAACUGACUAGGUAUCCCCUUUCCUAUUCCGUAUAUAGUGAACUACUUUUGACCAGAGCCAUAUGUAGGGAAUAGGGUGCCAUUUGGGACGUUGACCACUAGUGAGCAUCAAGUUCUUUGCUGGUCCAUUCUGCCACUCUGCACAAACCACCUCCAGUCACCAGGGUUGUGUUCAGUAAGACACACAGUAAACGUAAAUUAACUUUUGUUAUUGAAUAAGUCCAGGUAGUCCUCCCUGUUUCAGUCAUUUUUCUUCCGUUUUGUGCCUAAUGAACACGACCCAGGACACUGCCAUCAGCAACCAAGCCAUGAGUCUACGGUCGUGUUCCCCUGCUCAGACGUUGCAUUCAUCAACGAAUGGUUGCGUGCCACAUCCUCAACUGUGCCGUCGGCAACAAUUGUUAUAACAUAUGAUGUGGCUAGCUAAUACUUAAAAAACCUAUACAGGCAUUGUAAGAUCCAAUCACUCUCUCCAGAACAGUACAAUGUCCAUGCAUUCACAGACAAUCAUGUCUUCUCAGGAAGGAAUGAGGGGCUACAGGAGAGAGAAAGAGGGAAUGGGCGGGAUGGAGUGAGGGCAGGGGUGAAAGAGGGAUGUGGUUGGUAAGUCUGCUGUUACUGUUGUGGUGAGAACAUAACAUCUUCUCACAUGCUAAUCUCAUUUACCCCCACCCCUCCCUUCAUCCAUCCCUUUUAUCCCUCCAGGCUCCAUCCAUCCAUCCCCUUAUCCCUCCAGGCUCCAUCCACCCCUCCCUUCAUCCCCUUAUCCCUCCAGGCUCCAUCCACCCCUCCCUCCCUUCAUCCAUCCCUUUAUCCCUCCAGGCUCCAUCCACCCCUCCCUUCAUCCAUCUCUUCCUCCCUCCCUCCCUCCAUCCACCCAUCUCUUCAUUG